AUGACACGGGCACCAGUGAAAAUACAAUUUUCCUCGUCAACUCGCUCCACUAAUUCACCCUCAUCACCACCCUCCGAAUAUGCCGGCACAAAUCAUGACGUUGGAAAAAACGUUUUUUCUAACAGCAUUGCGAUGAAUGUCGAUGCACCUACGAUCAUUCAGCACACGAUUCCGUAUCCACUAGCGUUAGAUUGCCUGAUCAAUGUUUUUGAAUAUCUAAAGGACGAUCGUGCAACAUUAUACUCUUGCGUGAUGGUAAACCGAGUCUUCAGCCAGCUCGCCAUCCCGCUAUUGUGGCGUCGCCCUUUCGAAAACCAACUAAUUGGAAAACAGGUCAAUAUCAUUCAGACCUACAUUUCCUGCCUCGCCUUCAAGGACAAAGAAGCUCUCAUCAAUCACGACAUCAGCCUUCCGGACAUGGCCAACCCCCUGUUCGAUUACCCACGUUACCUCCGCGGAUUCGACUCCGAGAACUUCAAUCGUUCUAUCGAAGACUGGUUGAUGAUGCUCUGGGACAUCGUCGAUUCGGAAUUCCCGAUUAAAGUAAAGGUAUUGAAUAAAGUAAUAGGGAAUUUACUAUUCAGUAGAACCACUGGAUUACGUGUGUUGAAGAUAGAUCGCGGCGAGAUCGAAGAUACCUGUUUGAUGAAUAUCACCACAUUCUUCGGUAAUUACCGGGCAUUUGAGAACCUGGAAAAGUUUGAAUUAAAGUUUGACAAUGACGAUGAGGAGAGAUGGCCAUUGAACAUUGAUCACAAGGCUCGCAUUUGCACUCAGCUAUCCCUCUUCACGCGGUCUCUCAAGUACAUCACCAUUACCAUUGACCCAUAUCGUUGGUCUCCUCCCUCUCCCACCGUAUGUACUCCGAUAUUUCAGCUGAUCGAAUCCCAAAAGGGUUUGGAAUUCUUGGAGAUGGAAGAAUUUUGGGAGGAUUUUGCUUUUUCGUUGGAAUUCUAUCUAGCCCUGCAAAAUCAAACACACGCCCUUACUCACCUGACUCUAAAAAAUUUGUCACAGUUUGAUCUGUUGCUCCGCGUGUUGGUGAAUUGUACCAGUCUAGAAACAUUGGAAUUUCUCAAGGUCCCUGAGUCAAAUUCGGAAUCUCUUGUGUUUGCUGAACACAAGCGGAACUCUUCGCUGAUCAAACCGCUAAGCAUCAAAAAGCUUAUCUCCUAUGAUGCCAAGAGCGAUCCGGAUUUAGUGACGCAGACGCUGUCCAUCAUAGUCCGAAUGGCUAAUAGAAAUUUACGAGCAUUGAUGAUAUUCGAGGUCACACCCGAGCUACUAGAUGUCAUGGGCGAAUGUUGCCCAAAUAUCAUGGAUUUAUAUUUGACCAUGUCCACAUCUUCAAUAUUCAACCUGAUCCCAUAUCUUAGUACGUUACCGCUAGAAUACCUGUUUCUAUGGGAGGAUCACAGUCUGCCGUUUUCCACGGAAUUCGUGAGGCAGGUAGCACAUUCCUUACCGCCCACGCUGAAGAAUCUGGAGAUUACAUUCGACCUGACACCAAGAAUGCUGGCAACGUUUCUGGAAGAAUGUCCGGCCAAUUUUCGUGAGCUCGUGCUAAGGGCUGAUAACUCAAACGACGAAUUUCUGAGAGUCGUUAUUGAUUAUGCCAAGAUGCGAGGUGUACGAUUGAAAUGCCUGAAGCUUUGGGGAUUGGGAACAAAGUAUUCUGUGAGUAUGGUGGAGGAGGCAAAACGGUACAUUCCGAAGAUUGUCAAUCUUGCGUCGUACCCAUUAUGGUGA